AUGGCAACGCAAGCCUCCUUGCCCGUCCAAAAACGGGAUAUCACGAGCGAAAGUUCCAUAGACCCGGUGUCCAUGACGCUUGACCGUCUACCCAUAGAGAUUCUGCUCAUCAUCGCCACUCUUAUGACAGACAACACCAUCAACACGCCGGUGCUUUCAGGGGGGAUUUCCUACACUUCGUCUGAGGGCAUCAUCAAGCAAUACUCGUCCUUCGAUUCUCACGCAUUCGGUAACAGUGGAGUUCUCGAAGCCACAGCGUACGAUAAGGUGGUCAAAGACAGCCAACGAGACAUCCUCUCCCUCGCCCUCACCAACAGACGCAUAUUCACGGCCUGUGAGAAUGCCAUGUUCCGCACGAUCGUAGUAUGCGCUCAGGGUUUUAAUUUCCGCGGGUUGCUUGACAUCUUCGUCAAGAAGCCUGAGUUGCAACGCUGCGUCGAACACCUUUCAGCCCGCAAUACGUGGCCUGGGAUCGUCGCACAAACAAACCACGCCGAGUUUAUGCACAGAACCCUCAACACCGACCUUCUCUCGUGUUCGUUACGAUCAGUCGACCUCAAAAGGCUGACCAUGACGACCGACUUUAAUUCGAACGUCUUGAAGCAGUGGUGCCUGCUGCUCCCGAAGCUACGCCGCCUGGAGCGGCUUUCGAUGACGCGCCGCAGGUUCUUCACCGAGGAGUUCCCUUACCUGCCAAACGUUCAGGAGGCGUAUUUCAUUUCAUGUUGUUACGGCUUCGUCACACGCGAGGUGUUCCCGAAGCUGCCGUCCCUACGAGUCUUAGCCAACCACGGCACCUUCGAAAUCUGCCCAGAGAACAUGCUGCAGCCGUUUGAAGACACGCUGGAGAGUCUUUCGUGGGGCUGUGGCCUUGGCGAGGACUUGACAGCAUUUGCGACCGCCUUGUGUCGCCUCAAGAACCUGAAGCACUUACAAACCGAGUGCUUCGAUUACAUGUUCGCAGGCGAGGCUUACAUCAGGUCUCUGUUCGUUCAGGAUCCGUGUAGACUUCCACGAACUCUUGAAACCGUUGAGUUCUUCCCUCACUCGUGGGGAGAGAUAUUGCGCGACCCUACACGUCCAGUAUCGGAGCGGACCAAAGCAUUGGAAAGCUUGUUACGCUUAGUUGAGGGGAUAUGUCGUUCAAUGUAUCCGGGCAUGCGUGUGGUUGAUCUCCGAUACUUGUUCGGUCAGAAAGAGCGUGGUGGGAGGCCGAAGGGCUGCGGCCCGGACCUUGUCGAAUGGUGGGGGACGGAAACGAGCGUCGAUCUUUCGAGAGAGGAACUGCAAAGAAGGUCAGGUAUUACUUUCAUCUACGAAUGA